UAAAAGAAAAUAACUACAUUAUUAGUAAUUGUUUGAAAUGGAGUGUCCAUGUAGGUGGGCAAACCUUUACCUUUUGGUUUAUUUGUCACUAAACGUUGCAAAUGUUUUCGGCCAAAACAUUCUACUGGAGAAAAAGCCGCCAGAAAUCGCAGCACAAACUGUAGCGGGAAAUUCGAAAAUGGAAGUUAUUCAAAAUCCGGGGCCAUCGAAAGCGCAAUUAAUAAACGCUUUAUUUUCAUAUGCUGCUGCUAAAGGACUUUUACCAAAAACGACUCAAAUAAUACAGUCAACAUCAAGAGAAACACCACAAAUAACAAAGAGUCAAAAUGCACCAAUUAUGUUUAAUGUCGGACCAUUACAACCUCAGAUAUCUUCCAAUUGUGAAAAUAGACUAAUAGUUACUAGUUCUCCAACGGUAUCGCUAAAUCCAAUUUCGAAUCAAGUGUCACCACCAACAACAACUUCCUGCGCACCGUCUAUGAAAAUUCAACCCACGCUUAGGGCCGAACCUGUAUCCUGGACGUCUUCCUCUCAAAAAUGCCAAGUUGGAAGUUUAGAGAAUUCUGCUAUGUUUCCACCAAUUCGAACUGUUUGGCAAACUCCACAACCACAGCAGCCAGUUUCAAUUAACAGUUACACAAAUAAUCAGCCAGUGGUUUUCAAUGAAGCAAUUUACCCUAAUUUACAAACAAACCCACAAACUUGUGCAUUACCAAAAAUUAACACCGAAUAUCUUACUUUUGAGAAUCUAUGCAAUACAAAUUAUAGGACUUUACCUGAGGAAUCAAUAGUGGUUACAAGUGACGAUAAACCGGUUAUACCAAUUAACUUAGAAAUAAAUAUACCGUCGCUGAAUGACUACUACCCGAGGUUGACAGUUGUUACAGAAGCACCUGCAAAUCCUGAAACCUGUUCCAAUUUUUCUCCAUAUGCUCCACCACCUCCACAACCAAUUAUUAUUAAGAGAUCACGAUCUUGCUUGCGAAAGCUGUUACCAAUUAUAUUGCUGACCUUGAUUGAUAACGGUGGAGGAUAUGGCUGUCCUUGCAACUGUGAUGCAGAGGACCCUAUUCCAAUACCAUAUCCUAUUCCAAUACCAAUGAACAAUCCGAUUAUAUAUUCUGGAAAUAGAGCUCCAUACUCUUCUCGUGCCCGAGAGUAGAGAUAAUGGAAAUUAAGAUGGGUCUAGAACCACAACAAAAAUACUUCGUGUUUAUUUUAUGUAAAUAUGAUAUAAAGUACUUUCAGUUGCACUUAGACCGUAAGUUUAGUAUCAUUACAAUAAUUUAUUGUACAAAUAAAAUGUUUCUUUUAAGAACAAAA